AUGGCCGAAAAGGUGGCCGACGCUCCCAAACCCCGUCCCGCCGGCACGCCGCUGCCCCCCCUCAAGCUCCCCAUCAUCGACCACCUCAAGUCCAAGCGCGUCAUCCUCGCCUCGGCCUCGCCGCGCCGCAAGGCCCUCCUCGCCCAGGCCCUCGACGUCUACGAGACGGCCCUGCGCACCUCGCUCGCCUCCAUCCCCGACCCCGACCUCGUCCUCGCCGCCGACACCAUCAUCGUCACGCGCGACGGCCGCAUCCUCGAGAAGCCCCGCUCCGAGGCCGACCACCUGCGCAUGCUGCAGCACCUGCGCGACACGGUCGUCCACCGCGUCCUGACCUCCGUCGUCGCCAUCGCCCCGCGCGAGGACGCCGCCCACCCGGGCUACGAGAUCGCCGCCCACACCGAGGAGACCAAGGUCUUCUUCGUCCAGGAGGGCGACGGCCUGCCCGACGACGUCGUCGACGCCUACGUCAAGACCCGCGAGGGCGCCGACAAGGCCGGCGGCUACGCCCUGCAGGGCAUGGGCGGCAUCCUGCUCGUCGACCGCAUCGACGGCGGCGUUGACAAUGUCAUUGGGCUGCCUGUGCGCCGCGCCCUGGCCCUCGCCGAGCGCGUCAUCUUCAAGCAGAACGUCGAGGAGGAGGCCGAUAUCAGCGACGAGGACGUGCAGCUGUAG